UUCAAAAUCUACAUGACACACACACACAUAUUCAAGAAAAAUAUUAUCAAAAUGACAGCUUAUUCAUUGAGGAAUUCAUUUCAUCCUAAUUAAUUUAAUGUUGAUCGUAAAUUUAAUUUAAAAAUUUUGUUCAAUUUUGAAUAAUUUCGAAAACGAUUGAACGCAGGCUUAUGCUGAUUCUCCACUUUGCUUUGUAAACCUUAUGAAGAAUGGUCGACUUGGCUGGAAUAUGCUCUUAUAGUGGAUUUAAGUAGCGUUUCGUGGAGUUGACAAUUUUAUUGCAUGAUUUGUGAUGUAGCAUUGAAGACAGCUACAAAUAUAGGUAUAUAUUAAUAUUAAAAAUGUUACUUGGGAUCUCCGAGUCAAUGCUCAAACGAAUUUGAUUUCUAUUUUUGGCCAAAACUUUAAUCGGAAAACCACAUGACUCGGAAUUUUUCGUGGAAAUUUAACAUGAAAUGGCCGUCAAUCGGUGGUCCAAAGAAAUUUUGCCAGUAAUGAAUUAUGAGAUAAAAGGAAAUAAUUAGCAGUAGGCUUUUGCAAGACCGUGGCUGUGGUAAACUGUCAACCAAUACUAAUCAUCAGACAUAAUGGCAUAUACAACCCAAAGGGAUUUUUUCAACGUUACAUUCCAGAAUGAAGAGUCGAAACCACCGGUACGCAAACGUAGCGAUGGAGCCCUCAUGACGUACGAAUUCUGUACCGACUCCCGGGCUUGGGCUUUCGAGAAGGAAAAACGAUCCAAAUACAUUCUCGAUGUGGUUCAUAAAGCUCGUUUCAAAGAAGCUGUCGUGCAUCCUGAGGGUCAAUUUGAGUUAUCCAAAGACUAUCUGGUUCAAAUGAAGGUGGAUGAUUUAGCCGACUACAUCGUGAGUUUGCAAGCUGAAAUCAAACGAAAGAAUUCAACAGUGCAAGAACUAGAAGAAACUCGACAGACUCUUGAACUUGAGAACAAUGAGUUUAGACAGCAAAUUGGUGAUCUAGAGAAAGUUAUCAGCCAACUGAAAGAUAACACAGAUUGUUGCGAUCGGCUUGCAAAAGAAAACGAAUUCCUGCGAUGUCAGUUACUCAAACGAGACAAAGAAGUUGACUGUAAAAUAAGACUAGCCAACGCAAAAGUAGAAGCUGAUAUCGAUCAAAUGUGGGCAGAGAGUUAUCAGAAAUUAAAGGAAGAACUUGACUUUUCAAAAACCGAAUUUGAUGAGCUUUGCCAACAAAACCAACAGUUGAAGGAGCAAGUCCGAAAAGGUUCAAUUUGGAAAGUGAAGUUGUCCGAAAUGAAGCGACAGUUUGCGUUGGAACUCGCUCAUCGCGAGAAGGUCGAGGUAGAACGGGAACACUUACUGAUAUUUUGUGAAAAACAGUUUCAAGAAAUUCAAAUAAAAAAUGAAUACAUUGUUGAGACCAAUCGAAGAAUGGAGAAACUUCAAUAUCAUCAACAUUUACAGCAAAACAAUUCGGUGCUGGCCAUAGAAGAACUAUCAUCCACAACGUCGUUAUAUGAAGCGAAAGUUUUGCUCGAAAGCUGUGAAAAUUGCAAAAAAUUAGAACAGAAUAUAUCGAUGUUGGAGCAGCUACAGAAAGAUCUUAUGGAUAGUGGCAAAUUACGGGUUCAGCAACUGGUAGAUGAGCUCCAGCAAACCCGACAUGAGAAGCGUACAUUGCUUACUAGUGUCGAUGUGCUUGAAAAUGAGCUGUCGGGCUAUCAAGAGCGGAUUCGAAGUGCUGAUAAGAAAGUAGAAACUAUUCUGAAGGAACUAGACUCAUCUAAGCGUCAACACGAUCUUCUUCGCCGUGAUUAUGAACAGUUUACACAAACAUUGGCCAACCAAGAAGCUAACGAAACACAAAUGUUGGAACUGAAAUCACAAUUCGAUAAAAUGAACGAAGAAUUAUAUAAAAAAUCUGAAGAGCUCAACUCUAUUUCCGCUCAAAAUGUAGGGUUGAAGUCAUCGCUAGUUCAGUGCCAAUCUAGGAUACAAACCUUGGAGCGAAAACUCCAGGCUGAGGAGGAUGAUAAAGUUUCAUCCGCAAUGUCAGAGCUAAACUCAGUGAAACGACUGAAUGACGAACUUCAAAAGAAAAUCGAAGUUUUGCGUUCAGAGUUAGCAGCUGAACGAGCUAGCUCAAGGAAAUUACUAGAAGAUUCGACGUUGUUGAGAUCCGAUAUAGCUCGUCUAACUGGAAUACAAACAGUAAAAGAAAGGUCGAAAUCGGAUGGAGAAAUUCAUGUCAAGUUCUUGGAAAACAUGACUGCAUUUAAACGAAAAGCUAGAUCCUAUUCCUUUGGAGCCAUUUGUGAAACAAAUGCCAUUAGGGGUCUGGCAUUAUCACCAGAAGGUGACGUUAUUUCCACUGAACAUUUACAAGUGCGACAAAAAUAUACGACAGAAAUAGGUUGCGAAAACUCCGAUGCAAGUUCACAAUUAAGUGCAGUUAGAGCUGAAAAUGAAUCAGGGUUUGUCUACUCUCGUUCUCCGAAAGUUAGCUUACAAUCUACAAGAACUCGAUCGAAAUCAGCUGGUGAACUAAGUGAAAUAGAUAUGGAUCCUCCAAAAUAUAUAGCCAUCCAAAAUGUACGAGAAGUGCUCAGAGUAACGGGAUCAGUUGAAGCUAGAAUUCGAGCAAAAUCUUCCGAUGCAAUUAGUUCGACUAGAUUGACAGAAGCAAGAAACCGAGUUAAACCUAAUGGUGCAAAUUCUGUAGUUACAGAAGCAGGAUGUGAAAGAAUAUCUUUUGGAUUACUUCACGAAUAUGGCUCGAAACAAACAAGAACUCAAAUGAAGCCCUCUGGAGUGGAUAAUGAAGCUGGUUCAACAAGAGCACAAGAAGAAAGAAUGAAAUUUUAUACCAUAGUUAGUGAAGCUAAAACAGAUGCCACGUCCGUGAAUUCUCAUGGACGCAUUGAAACCUAUCAAAACUCACCCAAAACUUCACUGGAAUUUAUUUUACCGGUAAGAAAUUGUAUCGCACUUGAAAGUAGCGAGAAUUUCGCGAAACCUCAAGAAGCUAUAUAUACUAGCUUUGCCGAUAGCACAACUACUAGCACGAGUAGUUCAAGUGAAGCCGGCUCAGAUAUAUCUAGUGACGAACAAUUGGAAGAACGAACAAUAGGCGUACAAUUAAAAAAACGAACAAUAGGAAUCACAGCAGAAAAAAACAUUUCUAGGGAGAACGAAAACUCCUUCCUCAACGGUGAAACGAUUCUUCCUGACAUUUCUGAUCCCGGUAGAACUAGAAUCAUUGCAAUAAAAAUAGUUCAACAUGGCAUUAAUAUCCUAAUGUUAUCGGAAUUGGACUACCUGCAUCGCGAGAUUUACCGUGUUACUCUUGAGCGCUAUCGAAAUAUGACGGAAAUCAAUGAAAUGGAAACCAUGCUUCCGGUGGUAUCUUCUCCGGUUCCAUUAACCAGUUCAUUUCUGUUUGAGAACGAAAUACCGACGCGGUUGCCACCCGAAUCUUCACAAUGUCCGCAAACCGACACAAACACACUGGUUAAGCCAAAACUGCCAAGGGUAAGAACGGCUAGCUUUGCUGAUGAUAAAGUCAGCAACGAGACUCGAAAGAUUUUUUCCAUGAUUGCGAAUGGUUCGCUGCCAUCUUCGUAUCCGAACAAACGAGUUGUUGAUAAAUAUAGGAAGCGACCAUGGAGAGCUUAAAAUAGUUAAUCGUUGUGAUAUUGUCAAAAUUGAGUAAAGUUCAUCUGUGCAGAAAUGUCAUCCUCAUUCAUUUAAUAAAACUAUCUCGGAAAAAAAUUAUUACAUUCAGAUUUUGUAAGUGCUGGAUUUGGACUGUCACCUAUUCGACAUAGAAAAAAGUAACAUUGACAGCAAAAGUAGAAUACCAUCAAUGAAUGUUUCGACUUUAGUUUCAAUUCCAAAUUAUCGUAUAAUCUCAGAUCAACUUUUUAUAAGUCGAACUGUUUGAUUUCCACGACUGAGACAAAUCUGCAAGCAAUUUCCUUCUCAUUAACUAUUUUCAAUAGUAAAAAGUUCGGAAACCAUCUAAAAAAACGAAAAUAAAUAUUUUCGGCCUUUUUAGCAAUUGAGGUAUCGACCUGUUUGUUGGCAUGGCACACAGAGGGCGUAACUUACGUAUACAAAAGGAAUGACAACUCAACUUCAUCCACGAUGGAAAAGGUUACUAAUUCAAUAUUGUUUAAUAGUUUGCGUUUAGCAUGCACCUACCCUCUCAACAGGCGGUUCCUUUUUGUUGGUCGUUGAGCGCCACCCAUCUGACACCGGUAUGUGAGCAUCAGCCAUUUGAAAGUAUACCGAUUACGUUGAGCCCCUCGCGUUUCGAGCCCCAAACACGGCGAUGUUUUGAUACUCAUCGCCACUCUCAAAUUGUGAAAUUUAUCUCCACUUGAUGUCCCAAAACACUGUCUGCUGUAUUUGAGGUAAACCGACAAGUUAUUGUGAGAGAGUCGACCCAAAAUUCACUAAUUUUCGUGCACUAAACAAGGUAAACGUAAAACAAAUGUAUUACUGUUUGUUUGUUUACGUUGCAAUCAGCUGAUUUUGAAGCUCCGAUUUUGAUUUCAUCAAGAUAGCGUCGUGACAGUAGGCCGUUGAGUGCUUAUUGAACGACAUACUGCACGAAAUAUUCGUUCAGUUUGCUGGAACGGUUUGUUGUUGUUUUUUCUCUUGCAAAAAUAGUGUGAAAUCGAGGUGUUACCUUCAUAUAGAAAGAAGAUUUGUUAUUAUUCUACGUGAAAUAGAAGUGUUGUACAGGUAUGUAGUGUUAGUUUAACAAAACAAGUGGAAAAAACUUCGGAAGUUGUCCAGUAAAACUAGUCCAACGGGGCUCCAACUCCUCAUAUUAAAAAUAGCUCAACAAUGGACCUCUGUCUGCCGGGUUUGUUGAACGAAAAAAAUGGCAUUCGCUUCAACCGACGACACGACCAGACACUUCGAAGAAAAAUCGAAAUAAAAAGGCGGGUGGGUAAUGUCAGAGACAUAACUGGAUGUCGUGAAUACGAAAACAACUGACAUGUUCCUUAACACUUCCGAAUAUUAAUUAGUUGAUCAAUUGUAUGAAUUAUGCAAACAUUCCCCACAUU